AUUAAUUUUAACGUGGGAAGUGAAAAAAUAGUUUCUUUCUGGUGUGGGAAGAAACUGGACUAACUGUGCAAAGCUGACCCAUUUUCUUAGUUUAUAUGCUUUUGCGUUUUCUCUCAUUUCCCUCUCAUUACUCUCUCUCUGUCUCUCUCUCUCUCUUCCAUUUUCUCUCUCUAGAAAGGUAAGAAUGGCAACUCCGCCGGUGGUGAGGUUUCCGAUCUUCACGGCGGUGAGAGCGGUGGGCGUGAUCAUCGCAGUUCUUGUCCUGACGUGGGCCCUCCAUUUCAGGGGAGGCCUUGCUCUCGUUUCUGAUAACAAAGAUCUCAUUUUUAAUGUUCAUCCGGUGUUGAUGGUGAUUGGGCUUGUUCUAAUCAAUGGUGAAGCGAUGCUUGCAUACAAGACCUUAUCUGGAACUAAAAGCCUCAAAAAAUCAGUUCAUCUCGCAUUACAGUUUAUCGCACUCAUUUUGAGCUUAAUUGGUAUCUGGGCUGCUUGGAAGUUUCACAUUGACAAGGGCAUUGACAACUUCUACAGCCUGCAUUCAUGGUUAGGCCUUGCAUGCAUUUUCCUAUUCACCAUCCAGUGGGGUGCUGGGUUUGCAACAUUUUGGUACCCUGGAGGGUCAAGAAAUAGUAGAGCAGCCUUAUUGCCAUGGCACGUGUUCUUUGGGAUCUAUAUCUAUGCCUUGACUAUAGCCACAGCUACUACUGGUAUUUUGGAAAAAGUUACAUUCCUUCAGGUCAACAAGAUCAUAUCACGCUAUUCCAAUGAGGCACUUCUGGUCAAUUCCUUAGGCAUUUUGAUUGUCAUUUUGGGUGGCUUUGUGAUUCUUGGAAUUGUUACUCCAGUUUAUGGUAAAGCUGAUAUCAUAAGAGGAAAUGAAUGAGUAACCAUAUAGUGAUCUAUUUACUUCAAAAUUGAGGAACAUGAACAUUUGUAUCAACUUUAAUACAUACAAGGUUACAACUUACAUGGAUGUAUGAACAAAGUUAUUAAACGUGUAUACAGGUUUAAUUUUCUUUUCUAUUA